CAGUCGUAUUACUAUAUGAAAAUUGAAGUGACCUAAAUAUCAGUCUCCGUACAGAGAAUAAUUUUCCCCUUCGUUUUCGUUUUCGUUUUCGUUUCCUUUUUCUCCCCUCCCUUUCUGUACCUGUUUGGCUGUUUCCCCUCCCUCGGUGGAAAUGGGCACUGUGAUUCUUCGCUCCCACGACUGCUUUCAGGGCCGGCUUCGCCACGAAGCCCUAGCCCUAACCCCUCCUCUCAAAACGCGCCGAAACCCUAACCCUAAUCCUAACCCUAACCGCCGGCGAAAGCGAAGUCCGUCAGGGAUCCAAACGAAUCUCCAGGACCGAGAUCGGAGAGAUUGGUCCGUGGGGGCUGGGGUUCCGGCCAAAAACCUGGUCAUGGGCCAGGUCAAGAUCCUGAAGCGGGGCGAGAAGUUGGUUCAGACGAGGAAUGGUUGUGAUAGCAACAAGGAAAAUUUGGAUUUGGUGUUGGGAUCCACGGACCGCCUCGGUCCGGACCCCGAUACGGUGCAGAAGCAGAUCAAAGUUUCGGAGUUCAAGGUCGUCGACGGAAUCUACGCCGGAUCGGCCUUCGUCGCGUCGCCGCCACCGAGUUCGCUUCCGUUGCCGGGGUUCCUGGGAAAGAAGCACGGCUCGGCCACCAGCGAUUUGCGCCGGUUGUUGCGGCUCGAUUCGGUCUGAUCAAGACCACCAACGGCCGCGAAACGCUCCCUAGUUUCAGCCAUCUCGGCGCAACUUCGGGUCCGAUUAACGGCUAUGAAGAGUCGGAGUUCUUUUCCUGUAUCGCUAAUCGCUCGCGUUAGCUCUCGUGGUCUUCCCCUGUAUUUUUUGUCAAGAGGUUGGCUUUCGAGUGCGAGCAAAAUAAAAAGGUUAUAUCAAUCGCAUAGUCUUAUAGCAAUUUCUCUUCGGAAUUUGAACGGCUGAUAGUCUAUUAAAUCAGAUCAGAUCAGAUCAGACCAGACCAAUCAUUUACCGUUCACCCAAAAUCAAAGAAAAGAUCAAGUAGUUUCUAAGUUUCUUGAAGAACAGGAUUGUUUAGUGUUAGUAGCUAAUGUAUAUAUGGGCGAUGUGGGAUCUAACUAUAGAGGUUUGUUUCUUUUGUGGGUUUUAGGGUUCUUUGAAGUCAUAUGGGCUUAGAAUAGUAGAUUUCUCUAUCUGUUAAACUUAGUGUGAUGUUGUUGGGUUUUCUUUGUAGUUUUUACGUCUUGUAAUUGCUGAUGCACCAAUAAAAUCAGCAUACACUGCUAUCUUCUUUUUCUUCUCUUU